AUGCCCAAGGAAUUGAAAUACUGGUGUGUUACCUACCUAGUGGAAGUAGGGGAAAACAAUUGGGUCGAACAACCGGGCUUUACGAAUGACCGAGAAGUCUUUGAAAAAUGCCUCACCAACUCGUUGUUUAACCCCAACAUCGAUCGUGUAUGGACGGCCACGGAGGAAGAGUUGAAAGACGCUCUGGUGCCAUGGGAGAACUAUGUGAAGAGUCAAACCAAACGUAGCGAUAGCGAGACACCUACCAAGGGCGGCGGCUGA